AUGUCGGCCAGAAAGGGCGAUCUUCACCCUAGCACAGCCAUGACAUGCCCGAACAACCAUGCUGCCAAUCCCUUUUUUGUGGACUCUCUUAUCAACGUGAGGGGCGAUGCUGGCGCCUAUUACCACAGCAACGGCGUGUAUUUGCCACCGGAAUACUCGUACGGACUCCCCGGUGGCUCCUCUUGCUUCCCCGGGAUCGCCAAGCGCACCGAGGGAAGCGCGCCUAGUGGCAUCCCGCCGUCCGCGCCCUACGCCGCGGGGAUGGAGACGUGGCUGGAGGCGUCUCGCUCUUGCAGAGUGGAGCAGCCCAGCGGCCAACAUAUGGGCCAGCAAUGCUCUUUCUCCACCGCCAUAAAGGAGGAGAACGCAUAUUGUCUUUACGAGUCAGAUAAAUGCCCAAAAGGAGCCACGGUGGAGGAUAUCUCCUUCUCCGGUGCACCGUGUCCACCCACAGGCGGCAGCACCGUGCCUGUUCCCGGUUACUUCCGCUUGUCGCAGACUUACGCCUCCCCCAGGCUUUACCACGAAGCCCAGCCGAGCGUGAAUAACUUCCCACCGCAGAGACCUCCCCGCGCGCCCCUGCAGCAGGCUCAUCCCGCUCGGACUGCUUCCUCUGGGCCGCGGGAGAGCCACGAGGAGGCGCCCGUGACCGAUCCAUGCGUCCCGGACAGGGAUGAGGACAACCGGCUGUCCUCCGAUGACUCCUCGUCACCAGAGCCUGCGGAUGCCUGCAGUGUGGACUGUGAGGAAAAGCCCAUAAAAGAUGUUGGCAAAAUGGAGAGUCCGGCCAACUGGCUGACCGCCAAGAGUGGAAGAAAGAAGCGAUGUCCUUACACUAAGCACCAGACUCUGGAGCUGGAGAAGGAGUUCCUCUUUAACAUGUACCUGACCAGGGAGCGGCGCCUGGAGAUCAGCCGCAGCGUACACCUGACCGACAGGCAAGUGAAAAUCUGGUUCCAGAACAGGAGGAUGAAACUGAAAAAAAUGAGCCGGGAGAACAGGAUCCGGGAGCUGUCGGGAAACUUCACCUUUUCCUGA